CCUCUUCCUACUUAAUAGUCUUCAAGAUAUGCAGUUGAUUGACUGCCAGAGUGACACACUCUAUAUAUUGUGAGCUUGAAGCUCCAUCCAUUGAACGUACACCUAUAUAUCCACUGCACCAAGCUCAAGCUCUUCUAUUAUUAUGGCUGCUUCAUCCCCUUCACAACAGCUUCACUUCCUAGUGAUUCCUCUAAUGUCCCAAAGUCAUCUCAUCCCCAUGACAGACUUUGCCAAACUACUUGCACAUCACGGCGUAACCGUCACCAUAAUCACUACACCUCUCAAUGCCAUCCGGUUCAAAGCAAUCAUCGACUAUGCCAAAACUGCCAACCUCAAAAUCCAACUUAUUCCACUUCGGUUUCCAUGCCAAGAGGCUGGAUUGCCUGAAGGAUGCGAAAACAUGGACACACUCACUUCUCCAGACUUACCAAAACAAUUUUUUGUAGCAAGUGAAAUGUUACGAGAACCACUAGAGAAAUUGAUGGGAGAAUUAGAACCAAGGCCAAGUUGCAUCAUUUCCACCGUUGCUCAGCCUUGGACUGCACAAGUUUCUCAAAAAUUCAACAUCCCAAGGUUUGUUUUCAACACAGUUUCGUGCUUUACUUGCUUUUGCUCUCACACCAUCUCACAAAAUCAUGUUGAAGAGAAAGCAUCUUCAGAUUCAGCGUCAUUUUUGGUGCCGGAUAUGCCUCACAGAAUCGAAUUUACCAAGGCCCAGUUGCCCCAAGUCAGUACUGAUGGCUUCAAAGACACUAUAAAACAAAUGAAAGAGGCUCAGUUUUCAGCAGACGGUAUUUUAAUAAAUAGUUUCGAGGAGUUGGAGCCAAGGUAUGUUGAAGCACACAACAAAGUUAUGGGUGGGAAGAUUUGGUGCAUUGGGCCAGUUUCUCUUUGCAACAAAGAUAUGCCAGAUAUGUUUGACAGAGGUAACAAGGCCUCCGCUGACUCACACCAUUGCUUGACAUGGCUAGAUUCAAUGAAGCCAAGCUCAGUCAUUUAUGCUUGCUUUGGCAGCCUGUGUCAUAUAUCACCUCCUCAGCUGAUUGAAAUUGGUUUGGGCUUAGAAGCAUCAAACCACCCCUUCAUUUGGAUAAUCAGAGCAAGUGAUUAUUCAACAGAGAUAGAGAAAUGGCUAGCGGAAGAGAGAUUUGAAGAGAGGAUUAAACAGAGAGGUCUAAUAAUCCGAGGAUGGGCACCCCAAGUCCUCAUAUUGUCCCAUCCAUCCAUUGGAGGCUUCUUAACUCAUUGCGGAUGGAAUUCAACGUUGGAAGGAAUUUGUGCCGGCCUACCAAUGAUCACUUGGCCGAUGUUUGCUGAGCAAUUCUAUAAUGAAAAGUUUAUCACACAAGUGCUAAAGAUUGGAGUGAGAAUUGGUGUAGAGUCGGGGCUGACAGUGAAAUGGGAGGAAGAGAAGUUUGGGGUGUCGGUGAAGAGGGAAGAAGUGAAGAAAGCUAUACAACAGGUGAUGGAUGGAGGUGAGGAAGGACAAGAGAGGAGAAAAAGAGCAAGAGAGCUUGGGAAGAUGGCAAACAGGGCACUAGAGGAAGCGGGUUCUUCUUUUCUGAACAUGGCCACGUUAAUUCAGGACAUUAUGCAACAACUUAUUAUCAAUCAGUCUUGAACCAUGACAUAAACA